AUUUUCUUUUUAAAAAAGAAAAGAAAAAGAAAGAUCAAAAAAGAAAAGGAGAUGGCUACAAGUCUGGAAUCAAAUUCAUCUGUUGCAAUUACAACCAGUUAUUCAGAUGUUUCUCAAUUUAAUCACACCCCUUCUUACUGUGAAGAAAAUGUAUACAUGCUAUGCAAGAAACUGAGUGCGGACGGAGUAGCGAAUCUAUCUGAUCUCUUUGUGGUCUUCAUUUCCAAUGAGAAUAAGCAUAUACCUAUGUGGCAUCAGAAAGCUAGCCAUAGAGCGGAUGGAAUAAUUCUAUGGGAUUAUCAUGUAAUUUGCAUUCAGAAAAGAGAAGAAGAAAACUCUGUGGAUCUAGUAUGGGAUUUAGAUUCAAAUCUUCCUUUUCCGUCAAAACUACCAUCAUAUGUAUCAGAAAGUAUCAGGCCAUCUUUCGAACUAUUUUCUGAAUUUCAGAGGGUCUUCCGUAUAGUGCAUGCACCGGUCUUUCUUCGUUCUUUUGCCUCUGAUAGGAGACACAUGAAGGAUUCUGAAGGAAAUUGGAUUUCACCUCCACCUGAGCACAAAGUCAUAGUAGCUGAAGAUGGAACCGUGCACAAUUUAAACCAGUACAUUGACAUGUCCACAAAAGACGUGCUGAAAGAUUUAGGAGAAGAUUCUGUCAAUGUAGUGUAUAUCGAACAACUGGGUGUCUUAGUGGGCGAGAGCCAGCUGGAGCAAUUCUUUUCUUGCUUUUCAAGGUAGUUGACAUGUUCUUUCUUACCGGUUACCACCAUAUUUUACAUUCUUUUUCAUAUUAUUCUCCUGUUACCUCACAGCAAAAUUUCACUUUUUGAAGAUGCAUAUUUUACAUGUAUGCAAUCUAAUUAGUUUUAGUUUGAAUCUUUUAAUAUUCAGUUGCUCGUAAAGUCGUGAUGUAUUAUGAGUAAUAGAAAUAUGAAUUACACCAA